UUGAGCGAAUAAUAAAAACAACAACAUAUUAUGUCAACAACAUGUGACUUAUCAAAAGUCAUUGUCAAUAUUAUUUUUAAAAUGUUAACAAGUGUACAAAACAAAGUUUUAACAUAACUUUAUUGAGUUAUUAACGUUGACUUAAAAUAUAUUGUUCAAGAUGAAUGGAUUAACAUUAAGGAUAAGUGGAACAACCUCCAAAAAAAUGAAGGGAUCUUUAGCUUUUAAUCCUGUGGUUUUACCACCACAUUUAAUAAAUCAACUAGAUGGCCACAUAAUAUUUGAAAAAUUCAACCACAGCAACAGUGUAGACGAGCAGCUGCUUAUUUUGAGAGACAAUUUAAAUAAUCAGUACGAUAAGAAAACAUUCCAUUUUCUUGUUUUAAUUUUCCUUCACACUGAAAUUAAACAUCCGGUUAAAUGUUUUGUUGUAAGAUAUAUAACGAAGAAUGACCAUCUCCAAGAACCAUUUUCGAAAGCUUUAGCCGAGGAGAUAUCAAACCACUUCUCGGUUGAUAAUAUUCAGUAUAAAGUGUACAAAGAUUCUGUACCAAAAUUAGCAAGCUGCAUUGAAAACUUUCCUGCUGGUGCUCAUGCUAUAAAACUGGUGGAAACUAGACUUGCAGAAUAUUUGUUACAGUGCUUAUCCUGUUGUGUACACACACUUAGUACUCAGAAGACUUUAUCUCCGACAGAGAAAAAUGAAAUUUUUGACUUGGCUCACUUAACACUACGAUUGCUGCUUCACAUUAUACAGAAAAUUGGCAACAAAAACUAUGCCGAGUUGACAAAACAUUUUAAUGCAAUCAAAUUAAAUAUAACAGAGUUAUUAUUUGAUGAUGAUGUCCCAAUGGACACAAAGUCAGUGUGUGGGAUUCUAUUUUUGACUAUGUAUGUUUUGGAAAAUGGACCCAAGUCAUGGUGUGAGAUCCUCACUCCAAGUGGCAACAAGGAGUUCUCAGAGCUAUUGUGUAACAACAGUGCACGGCUAAGCUUGCACUCAGCACUGGCCACCGUGGUAUCUGCGGAGGAUCUCUGUACCACUACCGUUGGAGAUCAGCAUGCGCUGCUGCUUUUAACUAAUAACAUCUUGGCUAUUGGAGAGAAAACAAGUUCUGACUCAACAUUCACACUUGCUGUGACAAGGACAAUAGUUCAGAUCAGUCGAACACUACCGAGCUGUCAGCCUCAGUUCGGUCUCCAGUUAGUAGACAGUCUGCUGGUGUUUGUGUGGACACAUUUGGAACACUACAUGGACAGCGUGCGUCACCUUAGCGCGCAGAUCCUUGGACACAUAGUCAAGUACUGUACUCAUCUUAAAGAUAAGGAAGGUGAAGAGAAAGCGUUAGAGAAGCUGUUCAAGGCUUUGUCGUCACUGGACAAGAGUCGCAAGAGUUACUACGUGUGUGUGACGUGUCUGUGCGGCGAGCUGGGCGCGGGGCGCGUGCUGCGCAGACUGCCCGGACCUCUGCACGACCUCAUCGCCGCCCUGGACCUGCAGGCUGUGCAGGCCUGUGCGACAACAGCAUUAGAGAGUCUCCUGCAGAGACAUUCCCGCGAGUGCAGCAGCGCUGAGAUGUACCACACCUGGGUGCAGCCCAUACUGACACACGUCACUCACACCCACCUCCACUCCUCCGUACUCCACAUCCUGGAGAACCUGCUCCUCCAGGCUGUCAAGUUAGAUGCCAACAUCUUAGAUUUUCUAUUACCGUAUAUAAAAGAACUACCUACUUCAAAUGAGAAUGGUCGUGAAAAUCUAAAAUGUGUCUUAAUGCUAUUGAGCGUGGUUCGAAAGUCCAAUGCAGUCGGCAAAGUGAAGGAAAACGAGGGGGAGUGGAAAGGUCUCAUUAGCUACGACGUACUCAAAAUGGCCGCAGUUAAUGCUGUCGAUGAGACUCGUAUCCUGACUCUAUCACUAGUAGUGGAAUCUCCGAAGAGUACGGAGGUGUUCGCUGGCGAGGAGUUGCAGCUUGUGCUGUGGUACCUCAGGUACAAUAUCAACGCGCAGGCUCCCAACCUCCGCCAGCUCACACUCUCCCUCAUGAAGAAGUUUAUGAAACGUCUAGAAGACAGUUACAAGUUACUGAAAAGGCAAAAUGCACCUAAUGCUGAUAGCAAUAAGGGUGAUUAUUACUUAACCUUCCUGGAGGAUCUGCGAGAGUUCUGCUACAGAUGUCUGGUGUGUGGCGCCAAUUACAGCCGGCGCUAUGUCGCCCUGCAGCUGCUGGACUGGACUGAGGGCACUGGAUACGAGGGAUAUCACAGAACAUGGAAGCCGGAAUACAUAGACAACUUAUUACAAUGUCUGGAAGAUAGCUACGAGUGUAACAAAGUGUUCGCAUUGGAAAUUCUACAGACCUGCCCGCAGGAUGUGCUGGAGAGUCAGAGAAUGGCAGCAGGCAUGGACAUGGAGUCAAUUCUGUGUCAGGCAUCCUCCAUGAAGCCCCCGGACUGCGUGUCUGCUGCAUACAAGUUGCGCCUCUUCGUGGCGCGCUUCCCGCACAUACUGACACAAGGAUACCACACUGAUGUGGCGGAGUGCGUGCAGUACGCAGCAGUGCGUCGCUUGCUGCAGGUGGUGGAGGGCGGGGUGCGUGCGUGCGCGCGCAGCGUGGUGCGUGCUGCACGACACGCCCACAUGUACGGCGCGCUGCACUGCAUGCUGCACAUACUGCACCACCUCGAUACACGAGCCAUAUCCGAGUCGCAGCAGUGGUCGCUCCUGGUAGCGGAGAUAGUGCAGACGUGCUUCGCUGUGAACGCGGCGGUGGCCUGCGUCGUCAACAACUCCUCGCCCGAGGGACAUCUGCCCAUGGACAUGUCUGGACCUCUACUCGCCGACACCGACGAUACAAAGAACGAGGAGUUGGAGGACAUGAGGCCGGUGACCGCGCAGAUGGUGCUGCUGUGCGCGUGGAGGUCGGUAAAGGAGGUGUCGCUGGUGCUGGGCUGCAUGGCGUCGCGGAUGAGCAUCGCGGGCGAGGAGGGGGAGCAGGGCACGCUGACGCAGCAGCAGGUGGUGGCCAUGGGCGAGCACUUCACCAAGCUGCUGGCGGAGACCAAGCACCGCGGCGCCUUCGAGCAGGCGUACGUCGGCUUCACCCACCUCCUGGCGCGGCUGUGGAGAUGUCGGAGCGGGAUGCUGCACGCGCUGCCGGGCGGGUGGAUGCGCGAGCUGAUGUCCACGCUGGCGAGCGGGGCGGGCUCCACCUCGCUGUGCGCCACACGACGCUCCGCCGGGUUGCCCUUCAUGAUACAGGCGCUGGUGACAACAGAGCUGCAGGUGAGCGAGAAGCCGAAGUGUUUCCACGAGUGCAUGAGGACGUUGAUGCAGCUGUGCGAGGGUGGUGCGGGUGGUGAGGGUGGUGAGGGUGGUGCGGUGAUGCGCGCGCACUGCAGCAACGUGCUGCGCGCGCUGGUGCGGUGCUCGGCGCUGCAGCAGGCGGUCGCGCCGUACGUGGGGGACGCGCUGCUGCUCGCGCUGAAAGGUUUCGAUGGCCCCACCUGGGAGGAGCGCAACUCCUCCACCCUGCUGCUGAGCGCGCUGGUGGUGCGCGUGUUCGGCGUGGCGCGGGGUGCUGGAGGUGCUGGAGGUGCUGGAGGUGCUGGUGGUGCUGGUGGUGCUGGGGGCGAGGUGCACGCACGUAACCGCAUGACGGGUCGCAUGUUCUUCCUGCGAUAUCCACAGCUAUACGACUUCAUGCUGGAGAAACUGACAGAGGCAAACGAGAGCGAGGGUCGCGACCUGCUGAGGCCAUCUCUAUUCCCGAUCCUGCUGCUGCUGGCCAGGCUGUACCCCUCGGCGCUGGAGGGCACCGUGUCCAACCUCAAGGUGUCGAGGUUCGUGUGGGUGGUGUCGGCGUGUGCUCGCAGCGGAGUGCUCAAGACGCGUCAGCUGGCUGCACAGGCUCUGCUGCCGCUCCUCUCACCUCACAUGUACAUUCAACAUGUUGAAGAAUUGUUGACUUUAAUAAGCGAUCAAAAUAUCAAAAGGAAUUACUGUCACGGUACACUUUUGCAGGUGACAAAGCUGCUAAACAACAGACCUGACAAGUUGUCAGUGGACGAGACGCUGACAGCUCGUCUGCACCGCACCAUCCUGUGCACCAGCUGGGUGCUGCAGCAGGCCACCGGCCCGCAGCCUUGCUACCUCAUUGCUGAUGAGUACAACAAUAUGAUCAACCUCAUUAUUUGGAAAUUUCCAUCACUUAUAGACACGAAUACUAUUACAAAAAUAACUUACUAUCUAGAUGUAAUGCUGAGUAAAAGUAAAGAUUUAACAACCCCUGUGUCCGGGAGAGACAUGUGUCUAGCCAGUGCGGCCAACUUGUCCUACGUUAUAGUUAGUAAAUACAGACAAACUGAUGAUCUAAUCAAACUUAUAUAUAAAUUAUUAUCACAUUAUAGCUACGAAGUGACGCUAACUGCUUUGAACUAUCUUCUCAUCUUAAAUAAAGAUUUCGAAAUGGAGGACACGUUUCAGGAGCAUUUAAGUAUUUUAGCAAAAGAUAAAAACGUAAUAAUCGAAUUGAGAAAAGAUGAAAAUUAUUCCAAAAUACUGUACAAAGUUUUAAGAACAACGAAGUAUUUGGAAUGCAAACAGAAAUGUCUCAAACUGUUGUCUUUGGAACAAAAUACGUACAAGUAUAUGAUACAAGAUGACGUCGGCGAGGUUGAUGACGUCAGCGAGGUAGACGAUGACGUCAUAGUGCGCGAGCUGACGCGUCUGGUGAGCACACAGCACGAGAACAUGACGCACAUCUACCUCUACAGCCUCACCUGCUUUAUAACUGAUAAAAUAAAGGAGCCACAAGUGAAUGGAAACAUAAUUAUCAAGGGAAUAAGGACGAUAUUCGAGUGCAGCACAUCGAGCAACAGUAUCAGCACCAGGAAUGUGGUUGCUAACUUUUUAGAGAACAAUUUUAAAUCAUUCAUUGAUUUGGAAUUUAAUGAUUUGAGCGAAGAAGACAAAUUUGAGUUGGAAGCGAGGUUGUGGGCGAGCCUGGUCCUGAUGCUGGAGGACGAGGAGGAGGCAGUGCGGGGGGCGGGCGCGCGGUGCGUGGGGGGCGUGGCGAGCGGUGCGGGGGGCGUGGCUGUGUGCGCACGCGCGGGCGAGGAGCUACGUGCGAUAGUGUCGCGGCGGAGGCACGGCGCGGCGCUGCUCUGUGUGCUGGCGCUGCUCGACUUCAACUGCGAGGUCUGCCUGCCUGACUACACGCUAGACGAGGUUCGCGUGUUCGAGCAGAACGAGAAGUACAAUGUGUUCCUGGAGGAGACGGUGUGGUCUAUAGCAUGCGGGGAGGCGUUGUGUGCGCUGCAGGGGGCGUGGUCGCCGACCUGUGGGGCGGGGCCGGAGGGGGCGUGCGAGCUGGCAGUGCGCCUCGUGCAGCACCCGCACUACGCGGAGACAUUCUCCGAGCUCUGUGGUGCACAUUUGAAUGUCUUCUUAAGUUUGGCUGCUGGUGAAUGUUGCAGUAGUGAUGUUCCUAAAAUUGAUCUGUUUGUAAAGACUCUGAGAAAGUAGCUCAGUAGAUCAAGGAUCGCUAUAAAUAGAUAGGUAACUUGAAUAGUUCAAUCCUUUGUAUGUAUAUAUAACAAUCUAUUUCUACAUAUUUGUGUGAUCACAUAGAAAUGUAAGUUAAAAUGACAUUUAUGUUAAUAGUUAAAUAUUUAAUGUUAAUAUCUCGCUGACAUCGGAAAUGAUGUUUUGCUGAGAAUUGUACAUCGUUGUGACUUAUCCAAAAUGUACGAUUUUUAUGUCUCCAUAUAAAUAAUAUAAAUCUAUGUAAAUUAAACAA